CUUUUUAGCUCUCUUCGGACUAAGAACUAAAUCAAAUCCAUUCAACAUGUUCAAAUUCACCGUUGUCAUCCUUGCCAUCAUCGCGUGCGCUGCUGCCAAGCCAGGUCUUCUGGGUGCGCCCCUCGCUUAUAGUGCUCCACUGAUUGCUGCUCCUGCCCCAUAUGUCACCUCUUCCAGUAGCCAGGUGUUCGCCCGCAAUUACAAUGGAAUAGCCGCUGCUCCAGUGUUUGCCAGCUAUGUGAGUGCGCCUCUGGCUGCUCCUGCUCCAGUGAUCUCCAAGUAUGUGGCGGCUCCAUUCGCUGCUCCCCUGGCCUACAGUGCUCCCCUUGGCUAUGCUGCCCCAGCACGCCUCUUACUUUAAGAAAUGCCACUGUGAUCAUCGAGACUGCAAUUAAAUGAAUGAAAUAAAAUAUGGACAUAAAAUUUAA